AUGAACAAAAAUGAAGUGAAUAAUUUUUUGUGCCAAUUUGAUUUCUCCUCCCUGGAAGAAUUAGACCCUUCUUUAGCUGGAGGUUACAACGUGUGCUACAUCAAGGAAGUACCAUUCGAAAUAAGAGUAGAAGAAUCUGAAGGAAGACCUAGAGAAAUAGGUUCUUUAGAAAUUAUAACUGUAAAAAUUUUGGUUUUGGGGGAGGAAUUAAACGCAAAUCGUGUCAAGAUAGAGCUAACAAGCGAAACAGAUUUAUUUUUUCAUUUUACGCAAACAGUUGAUGAAAACACUUUUGAAACAAUGCAAGAUAACCAAAAGCUUAUGAUAAACUUUUCCGAAUAUUUAGAAGUCUUAAUAAAAAUGUGUAAUUCAUGCAUAAGGGAGCCACAAAGCUUUUUGGCUGUAUUUACUAUAAAAAAAGAUAGCGUGGCUCAACUAGACUUCAUAAAGAAUAUGGAAUACAAGUUUAUCGAAUUGCUCAACUGCGAGUUUACUCAAUCAUCAGAAGAAAUUGUAAAACAGCACAUUGCCUUUAGGUACAAUGUCAUUAAAUCGAAAAAUACUAUUAUGCACAGAAGACUUCAAGAUGUGAACAUAUUAAUAAAGUCCAAAAACCCUUCUCUCUUAAUGCAACUUCAAAAAACAGCUCUAAGGCAGCUGGACCUUAUGAAAAAUAGGAAGAGUUAA